AUGUCAGCUCCCACCUGCAAUGCACAGCUGCUACCCCACCUCCCCGAACCAUUGGUAAAAGAAAUUGUGGCAGCUACAACCACUGUACGACAACCAGAUAUAGCACGAGUGCUGUUGAAAAACGCUUCACAAAGGUCGGACAACCAAGGCUCCCUGAAUAUGAUCUUGUCUGCACAUUUGUAUCAGAUCGACCGAAGCCCCAUUGGACAGCUCUAUCCAAACAGGCCAGGUGUGCAAGACUUUGAAAGUAUUUUGAUCACUCUGGGAAAGGCAUCCAAAUAUGGUAAAACGGACCCGCUGAUUAACCACAUCUACCUGCUCACCUCGGAGCCCCACAUCGAAGCGGAAUUGGUUCAAAGCAUAUGCGGGUCCUGUCCGUGUCUAGCCAGUAAUAAUCCGCCAAUCAACUUCCAGUUUCGUAGAACCAAUGGCCGACACACUUGCCGAGUGAUCACUAAUCAUAAGUUACGUCUGAUAUCGAAGCAGCUCGAUGAUGCACAGUGUUGCAUCACUCAGUAUAUAUUUCGACGCCAGGAAUGGUUAAAACAAUACUUCUGGAUUCUAGGUGACCGUAUAGAUAUAUCGACGUCGCAGCUUCUUCGAUCCAUCUCGAAGUAUGACAGCAACUCAGUGCACCUUGGCUUUCUACGUUAUUGGCCAUUAAUGAACGUUGAGGACUGCGAUCGAUUCACGAUCGAAAGGGACAUGAAAGUUUUUCUGGCAUGCAAACAUCAAGACCUGCCAAGUCGUUUGAAGUCGUUCACCUAUAGCACUCUUUCGGUGCCCAUCUGCCAUGCCACCAGAGGGUGGCAUGUGGGCUGGGAUAAUGUCAGGGUGCCCAAGCCUGGACAGGAAACAUAG